AUGCACCCCCCCCGCCAGGGGCGCAAGCUCAACAGGAGGGACAUCGGACGUAUCCUCCAGCAGGAGACGGAAGACCGCGAUCUUGACGCUCUCGCCGUCCUCAUCAAGGCCGGCUCUAGGGGCUACACAGGCAAGAAGGUCGACGACGGGAGGGACGCCCUCGCGUGGGGUUCGAACCCUGCCGAGGCUGUACUCGAGCAACAGACAGCCCUCCUGGAGGACAUCAACUGCGCCAAGGUCGCCGAGGCAUGUCCCGAAGUUUCCACUUCGCGUCUCGUGAAGAGGAAGUGGUUCGACCCUCGCGGAGGCUGUGCGAUCGCGUCCUGUAUUCACCUGGAGACCGGCGACGCCGGAGGAGGAGGAGCGCCAGACACAGCGAGCACUGUGGCUGAGGCUGAGGGGAGCGACGAAGGCGGGAGCGCCCGAAGCAUCAGCCAAGGUUAGAUGAGAGAUACUUUCUAGGGCGCUGUAGGAAAAUCGUACGUCGUUGUCGAAAUGACUCGUCGUUGUCGAAAUGACUCCGAGUCAUUUCGACAACGACGUACGAUUUUCCUACAGCGCCCAAGAAAGUAUCUCUCCUCUAACCUUGGCUGAUGCUUCGGGUGCUCCCGUGUUCUCUUCGUCGCUCCCAUUUUCAUGGAGCAUAGGCAGGGACGAGGAAGAAAAAAGAUUGGUUCUUCUCUGUACAAGUACCCGUGACCCAUGUAUGGAAGCGCUCCGACCGAAGCCGUUGCCCAACACGACCUGACGCCAAGGUCGAGAGUACCGAAAGGAGUGCGAGGACACUGCAGUCAAAUGCAUGCGUUGAUUUGUAACGUCUGUGUAUGUACAGGCAUUUAGCCACAACUCGCG